CCGUAUUGUGUUCUGCAUAGGCGAAUUACUGAAGCCAUUUGACAUUUUGGCUACUUUCCAGCAUCAAUGCAAUAAUCAGAAUGGCGUUGAGUACCUAACGAAAAAAUGUGACAACAUUAAUUUAAUGUGGGCAUCUCUUCUAAUUGAAGAAUGCAGCCGACUUGGUUUAACGUAUUUUUGUAUAGCUCCAGGCUCGAGGUCAUCUCCCCUAGCAAUUGCUGCUUCUACUCACCCAAGUACAAGUUGUGUUGCAUGCUUGGACGAACGUUCACUUUCAUUUCAUGCCGUUGGUUAUGCCAAAGGUUCUCAAAAACCAGCGGUUGUGAUAACAUCAUCAGGCACAGCUGUUUCAAAUCUCUAUCCUGCUAUUGUUGAGGCAAGUCAAGAAUUUGUUCCUCUCCUCGUACUUACAGCAGAUCGCCCUCCUGAGCUGCAAGAUGUUGGAGCAAACCAAGCCAUCAAUCAGGUCAAUCACUUUGGUCGAUUUGUGAGACACUUUUUUAAUCUCCCUACUCCAAGUGAUGACAUUUCUGCAAGAAUGUUGCUUACGACUGUUGAUUAUGCUGUUCAUCUUGCAACCUCUCUGCCCUGUGGUCCAGUCCAUAUCAAUUGCCCAUUUCGUGAACCACUGGAUAAUAGUAAAAAACAAUGGGAACGUACGUGUUUAAGUGGGUUAGAUGUGUGGAUGUCAACAGCUAAGCCAUUUACUCGCUACUUUCAAGUCCAACAUCCAUUUGAAUGCAGCUAUGCUGACAGUGACAUGGCUGAGGUUUUGCAAGUGAUACAAAUGGCAAAAAAUGGACUUUUGUUGCUUGGAGCUAUUCAGCGAGAGGAUGAUAUAUGGGCAUCUCUUCUACUAGCUAAACACCUCUCAUGGCCAGUUGUAGUUGACAUAUUGUCAGGUCUACGAUUGAGGAAUUAUAUCGAUCAUCUUUCUGAAAUUGACAAUGAGGUCUUGUUCAUUGAUCAUCUAGAUCAUUUACUUCUCUCAGAUUCAGUCAAAGAAUGGAUGCAAGCUGAUGUGAUCAUUCAGAUAGGAAGCCGUAUUACAAGCAAGCGCGUCUCAGAAAUGCUAGAGAGUUGCUUUCCGUGCUCAUAUAUAAUGGUUGACAAACAUCCUAGUUGCCAUGAUCCUAUGCAUAUUGUAACACAUAGAGUUCAGAAUAUUAUCCAUUUCACUAACUAUUUACUGAAAGCUUUUGUACCAUGUACUGGCAGCCGUUGGAGAUGCUUUUUGCAAACAUUGAGUGUAAUGGGAUAAAACUGCAUGCAUCGUGACCCCAGACCCGGAUGGAGUUGGGAACCUGAGAAUAUACUGGAUAAUUGUCGUUCUCGUCAUCCUUGUUGUAUUGGUGGAACAUUAUAAUAAAAAUUCUUGCUGUCUUCUGGUCCUAGUAAAAAAACCAAUGCAUUGCCUAAUGGGCGAACAUUGAAAUCUGGUUUGAAAAAUUCUCAAACACCAAAUGAGUACAACAACAACCCAGUUGAAUCCCACAAAAUUAUGGUCUAGGGAGAGUGUGUGUAUGCUGACCUUAUCCUACUCGAAAACAGAGAGGCUUUUUCCAAAGAGACCCCCGACUCAAGCACCAUAGGUAAUCACGAAUGCAGACUCACCCCUAUGGCCCUAUGUUUAAUACAUAAAGUGGCUGUUUCAGGAUGACCAUUGAUGAGCGUCGAAAGUUACAUUGACUAGCUGCUACUUCACUAUUAAAAGAAGCACACACAAUUCAAAGAGCCAUUUUUCUUUAUUCCAUCAUAUCCCUAAGCCAAAAUAUAGUGAAUUUUUGGCUCCAUCGGAGAUGGUGGAAAUAAAGUUAUCUAGAUUUUUGUCAUUAUAUGGAGACAGCCACAUUAGUUUUUGAUAAGGAAGCCAUUUUCUAUUCAGUAAAUUGUCGAGUUAUUUUAGAAUUGGAUUAAAAUGUAUUACAAUUUAUAUCAUCUAGAUGUCUCGUCUUCAACUUUUUUGGUGACUUUCUCUUUCAUUGGUCUAGGCUGGCUGGGAGAUAUCCUUGCUAAUCAAUUCUGAGAACUCUUUGACUGAACCUUAUGUUGCACACACCCUUCUGGAAGCUAUUUGCUCUGAAUCUGCUAUCUUCUUUGGAAACAGCAUGCCAAUACGUGAUGCUGAUAUGUAUGGAUGGAAUGCACCAGAGAAAUAUCAUAAAUUGGCCAUGAAACUGAGCUCAGAGUCAUGUAACUAUAUACAAGUCGGUUCCAAUAGAGGAGCUAGUGGUAUUGAUGGCUUGCUAAGCACUGCCAUUGGUUUUGCUGUUGGCUGCAACAAAAGACUUUCAUUUUCUCAUUCCAAAGAUCCUCAUCUUGAUACCUUGCAACUGCUCAAAGAAACUUGAAAAUUUAGAACCACUUGCUGUUUGGGUUCAUUUGCCAAAUUCCAUCAAUUGUUUAUUCCUUUACAUUUAGAACUGAUAUACCCCCGGUACCUACGAAAGUCCUUAAACAAAUUACCGGAUUAAUGACUAAAUCCUACGAUCCUUUUUGGAAUGAAUUUACCCCUCCUAAACCCAAACCCUUAGCCAUAAUUUCAUUGGAUUUUUCCUCACCCUAAAAUAAACCCAAACAACCUGUUUUCUUUCUUUACUGCCCAGGCCGUACCCCCUUACCCCCACCCUUUCUCAUCAAAAAAACACACCCCAUUAAACUCACCAAAAUGACCCACAAAUAUUUCAUCCUUUUCCCUUCAAUUCUGGCCGAAACACAAGAGCCAAAACAACACAUAUCAUCCCCAUAAUAAACCCCAACACAUGGACCCCCUUUGUUCCCUACCCAAACAGCAUACACACCCUCCAUUUUAACCACCAAAUAAGCCCUACAACUACACUCCAAAGCUAAGAAUAAAACAUCCCAUUUGUUGAGAUGUGUGGGACGUAU